AUGAUUAUCGUUCUGGAUCUCGGGAUGGAGGGAGAUGCUAGAGAGCCACGAUCUCCUUUAUGGAAAAUUGCUCUCCGGCGGGCUCCUCAUGUUGGACUGUUCGCCAUUUGUAUCUGGAUGGUGUGGUUCGCUGCGCGACGUGCUGUUAGAAAUGCAGGGAUGAAUCACUUGAGAGAAUUUCGCAAGACCGUAGAACAUAACGCCGUUGGGAUGGAGGAGUUAAGAAGACAACGAGAGUCGCGACUUUCGUCAUAUGACAAGGUACCUUCUGAUUGUCGUAACGAACAGAGCUGUGCUAUAUGCUUGGCUUACUUCAAGGAAACAGACUUAUGUCAAAUCUUACCAUGCAAGCACGUGUAUCAUGACGACUGUGUCAAUGACGCGAAUGACUCAAACGAGAUGAUCGAACAGAAGGUACCACAUUGA